ACUUUUUAUGCGUCUCGAUUAUUCUUGAUCUUUCCCUAAUUAAUUUUCUUGGGUAGAGAAAAUUAAGGUCACAAAUUUACACACAUAUUAUAUGUGCGUUUAUGAUUUUGUCCUACAUAUGAGCCACAUCCCCUUCUCUUUCACUACAAUCUAUGGAACAAGACAAGCAUCCUAGUUCGAUAAAAAGAGGUGCAACCACAUAAACCAGCUUUAAAUUUUCUAAAUUCUCAAACAAGAAAGGAGAGGGAGAGAGAGAGAGCAUGGUUUCAUCUGUGUGUAGAUACAUAUGAUAAAGUGCGAUGAUGAAGCCUUCGUGUAGGAGCAUGGCAAGUCUGAUCAAGAGCGAGACAAAAAGCAUCAAAACUGAGAUGGGAAACCUCAAAAUCUCAGAAGGCUGUCUGAAAAGCGAGACAAGUUGCUGCACAAAGCAAGAGCCAACAACAACAGACGAUCGCGAGUCAUCAUCAUCAUCAUCACUCAAGAAAAACUCAGAUUUCGAGAGCCACGGCUUAACCCCGGUGGGCAGCCUCAGCAGCCUGCUCAACCCCACGAAUCUCAAAUUCGAAGAAAACGGCGACGUCGAAAUCCACUCCCCCGAUUACUCCUUGUGGGAAUCCAUCUUCUCCGACCACGUAGUCGACAACGAUUUCAUGAUCUGCUCGCCCGUCAGGAACAUGCAGACGUCCAGCUACAGCUACAGCUACGCGUCGCCGCCGCGGUUCUCGUCGCCGCUGGGGCCCAACAAGGGGAAGGGGCUGAGCCCCCUCCACCGCGUCUUCAGCUCCCCCAAUAAUCAGUUCAUGCAGGUCGAGAGCCUCUCCUCCUUGCCCGCCUUGGAGACCCUCUUGGAUGAUAAUUACGAUACUAAAGAGGAUGAUUUCGUCGUCUUUUCUCCCAUGAAGAUCGCCGGCGCGGAUUGCUAUGCGGCCGUGCCGGAGCUUUUGGAGUGCCUCAACAUGGCGGAUUCGGCUCCUGCCAUUCAAGUGCCCUUGUCGCAGCAGUUGCAGCAGGAGCGCCAGCAGGAGGAGCAGCAGCAGCAGCGCCACUUCGAACGGUGUAUCCAGCAUCAACAACCACCCAACGCGCCGCCGCAUAGACUACAACGUCAACACCCGCCGCCGCAGCAGCUUCAUCACCAAAACCAUCACAUGCCGAAUAUGCACAAUACCUUGAUGCUGCCGAUUCCUGAACCUGAGCAGGAACAAGAUAGUGGACUCCAAUUGGUGCACCUUCUUCUGGCUUGUGCUGAAGCAGUGUCGAAAGAGGAUUACAUGUUGGCACGGCGGUAUCUCCACCACCUCAACCGCGUGGUCUCCGCCCUCGGCGAUUCCAUGCAGCGCGUCGCCGCCUGUUUCACCGAGGCCCUCAGCGCAAGGCUCGCCGCAACUCUCACAAAUAAACCCACUACCUCAAACAUAAUACCUUUCAACCCUUUCCCUCCCAACAACCUAGAAAUCCUCAAAAUCUACCAAAUCCUCUACCAAGCCUGCCCCUACAUCAAAUUCGCCCACUUCACCGCUAACCAAGCAAUCUUCGAGGCUUUCGAGGCCGAGGAGCGUGUCCACGUCAUCGACCUCGACAUCCUCCAGGGCUACCAGUGGCCUGCUUUCAUGCAGGCCCUGGCAGCCAGACCCGGAGGAGCUCCCUUCCUUCGGAUAACCGGGGUGGGCCCGUCCCUCGAGUCAGUGAGAGAGACGGGAAGGUGCCUGACCGACCUGGCUCUCUCACUCCACGUCCCCUUCGAGUUCCACCCGGUCGGGGAGGAACUCGAGGACCUCAAACCCCACAUGUUCAACCGGAGGGUCGGGGAGGCGUUGGCGGUGAACUCGGUGAACCGGCUCCACCGCGUCCCGGGCAACAGCCUGGGGAACCUACUGACGAUGAUCCGGGACCAGGCCCCGAACAUCGUGACCAUAGUGGAGCAAGAAGCGAGCCACAACGGGCCCUACUUCCUGGGGAGGUUCUUGGAGGCCCUGCACUACUACUCGGCGAUAUUCGACUCGCUGGACGCGACGUUCCCGGCGGACUCGGCGCAGAGGGCGAAGGUGGAGCAGCACAUCUUCGCCCCGGAGAUCGGGAACAUCGUGGGGCACGAGGGGCCGGAGCGCGUGAUGCGGCACGAGCGGCUAGAGAAGUGGAGGAAGAUCAUGGAAGGGAAGGGGUUUCAAGGGGUGGCGUUGAGCUCAAACGCAGUCACGCAAUCAAGAAUAUUGCUGGGAUUGUAUUCAUGCGAUGGCUAUAGAUUGACGGAGGAUAAGGGUUGUUUACUUCUAGGGUGGCAGGAUAGGCACAUUCUUGCUGCUUCUGCAUGGCGCUGCUAGCUUCCAUGCAUGUCCACGUCUUUCAUUAAUUACUUAUUCAGCUCCACUAGAUUUAAUUAAUACUCAUAAUUGUUGAAAUUUUAUGUAUAAGUAUUUUGUGUUAUAAGUUUAACUAUUUAAGGGAAAAGAUGUAUUAGUCUUUCCAAUGUAUGUAGAAAUUAAAAAGGGCGUUAGGGGUCGAUGGAUCGGAUAUUGGUUAAUUAGCGUACGAUUUGGUUGGUAAUAAAUUAUUUUUAUUUGUUUGCGUC